GGAGUUCUCGUGGUUCUGGGUUGAUACUAGACACGCUUGUUAGGAACCGGAAGUGAUUUUGGUAGAGUUCAUGAUGUAGAAAUGUGCAAUAUCUACACGUCGAGGUUCACCCGAGAGUUCAGUUGAUAUUUUAUGAUUAUCGUCAGCUGAGUCGAUAAUCAUGACAGAAAAGAUUGGGGAACCCGCAACCCCUGAAACGGUGGCAGCCUCGUGUCCUCCUCCAUCUUACGAGGAGGUAAUGGGCCACCAGACUGUUGGAUACGCCAAGGCCACAUCACCAGCAGACUUACCUCCCCUGUCUUACAUAGACAUCAUGCCAAGACUCCUCGACCCCGGACACAUUGAGAGUAAAGUUACUCCUCAGUUUGACAAAUUUAGUGUGGUCAUACAAGCGGCCAACAUGUGGCUCGCUGGUAACCCUUCGUACGCAGUGUGGAAAUGCGAGACGGUGGAGCGGAAAGUAGACAAGGGAGCAGUGAUCGUGAUGGAGAAGAUGAUUUAUCACGAGGCCACAUUCGGCUUCAACGUUUUCAUACGGGGACUUAGGCUUUGGCUGACAAAGAAGACAAACCCAAGUGAACCCGUACAACAAUUAGGCUUGAUGAACGUUGUCCCACAAAAAGUUGCAGUCGUUCCAACGCACAUGGGAUAUGGUCCCCAAAUCAACAUGAAUAAUGGCAUCCAAAUCAACAUAGGCAGGCGCAGGAGACGUACCGGUUAUGUUACCAUUAGCGACGCUGAAAUGCUAAACAACAUGGUAAUCCCAUCAAUGAAUGUUUCGUUUGAAGGAUUGCAAACUACUCUCAAUAAACUCAACGAGGACCUAAAGUCUCGUCCAUUACCAGGUACUGUUCUGAACGUGGAGACUACAACUAUGAAGACGUUUGAAGGUUUUGGUGGUAAUGGGGAUAUGGAUCCCGACCAGACUUGUUGGCACGAGGACGGCAACAAAUACAAACGCUUCACACAGAUCAUCAGGGUCUUCUACGUCAUAGGACAACCGGCCAAUGAACAAAUCAUGAUAGAAGACUUCAUACCUCAGGUAACCCGAAGAGGAGACCUCAUGAAGGCCAGUCAAUUUGAGACGUGGCCAAAAGUUAUGUCACGUGUCAGCACUUGGAUACCAAACCAGCAGGGAAUUCGCAUCGUAAACCUGCAAACACAAUAUACCAAAUACACCGAAUACAAUGGUGAAGUGAGAGUGGCUUCGGACUCCACUGACGAUUACGUGACUAAUUUGUCUGACAGGAAAUUGAUCAAAUUAAUGCGCGUGUUUUACGUGACACGACCUGGUCCUCCCUCACCUCAGACGGGACACCUCAGUGCUCGUACAUUUUUACCUGUUCGAAAAUCUCGCAGGGACUUCGAGUCCAUGAGCGAAACUAUGUUUCGAAUAACAGCAUGGCUAAAGGUAACAGGGAUGCAAAUAUUCAGUGUGGAGACACAUCAGUUCCUCUUCGUAGAGGGAAGCGUGUCUGGAGUGGAGCAAGAAAGGUGUAACAUCAUUAAUCAGGGAAUGUCUGGCAAACACUUCAUCACGGCUAUAUCGGUGUACUUCGCCUACCCGUUCCAGGAGCCACAUGCUUCCUACCUACCUCCAGUUUAUACUAUAUACGACCCGAAUAACUCCCAGUCAUCAUCGUGUGUUAUUAUCUAGUAUAUUGACAGGAUUCGUUGCAUGUCACAUGAGUUUGUAUACUUAGUACUAAACUCGGAGAAAUGUUACCCAGCAAUCAGCGUCGUGUGUAAUUGUCUAGUAGUUGUUUUUAUACUUAGUAUUCGUCAACAUCCAUCAUCGUCGUGUGUUAUUGUCUAGUAGUUGUUUUUAUACUUAGUAAUCGUCAACAUCCAUCAUCGUCGUGUGUUAUUGUCUAGUAGUUGUUUUUAUACUUAGUAAUCGUCAAGAUCCAUCAUCGUCGUGCUGAACUUAAAACGAGACUCAUGACCUUUGUGCCUUUACUUGAGUUGUAAUUAUUAACACUUAGUGGUCUCCAUUUACAUAAAAACUAUUAAUAUAUACUUUAAUGUAAUUGUCAUUAUCUACCUCGUAAUAAUGAAGAUCGAGCUGUGAUAUACUAAAUUACUUAUACGUUUCUACUAUGUAUUCUGUGUGUCUACCGUGAUAAUGGUUGACAAUUGUGAUUUUUGUAAUGACACAAGUAUAAAAUAUAUUUAAUCAUUCUGCGAUAUACUGAAACCAGGGUGUCUUCUGUAUGAUAUACAUUUUUAUAUUUACAUAAUACAAUAAGAUUAUUCUGUGAUAUGAUGUUUCUAUGGUAUGUUGUUAAUCUCUUGCAAUGCCACGAGUUUGUAUAGUUACGUAAUACAUGUAUAUAAUAAGAUAAGUCUAUUGUAUCCAGGUUAUUAUCUUGCAGUGGCACGAGUUUGUACGUAAUACAAUAAAAUUAUUCUGUGAUAUACAUGUACUAUAAUAAGAUAUUUCUAUCUUAUGGUGUUAAUAUUGAAUAUAGGUUUAUCUUUUGUACUGGUAUACAUCAAGUACUAAUAUUAUCCUAUUAUAUGCUAUUAUUAGAUUAAUGUCUAACAUUGCAAUACGACAAGGUUGUAUACCUGUAUACUAUUAUUUAUUUACAAUGUAGUUCACUUUAAAUAUAAUCAAGCUUACUGUGAUAUAAGACGCUGUUUCAAUAAUGUUUAUUAUGAUUUCAUUUUAAUCUGUGGGCCGCAGUUCAUCAGAACACAUUACUUUAAAACAUUACCUGUGUCAUAUGUCAGGGCGGACAUGUCUAGGAAACCAUUUCAUCGGCCCAGCAUAACCAAGUUUCAUUAUGACAAUUGUAUCAAUGUCUAUUGUGAUAUUGUGUGAUCUGAAUUGUCAGAAGUCUAGAUAAAGGAGUCUUAAAAUUGGUCAAUUAAACAGCAUUCAAAUCCAUGUUAAUUAUCAAAAGGAUAUAAUUAUGUAAAUAAUAUCUUUGAUAAUGAAACUUUCAGAUUUGUAUCUAUUAAAUGAAUUUACAAUAUA